AAAUAAAACAGUGCACUACCAGACUUAGAGUUAAGUUCCAUUUUGUUCCUGUGUCAUCGAGUUUAGUUCCCUCUUCUCCUCUCCGUUUGCUUCUGUUAGAUGUAUGAUUGAGCUUAUGUUAUUCCCUUCUUCAGUUGAACAUUUAUUUUCCCCCAUAAACUGUAUCAUUUUACAACCCCACACUACUAUCGCUGGAUCUCGGAGCUUCGAAAUAGAAGCAUCACCGGAAACUGGUAUCUGUGGUGAGAAGCAUCUUUGUACAGCUCUGUAGAGGUCAUUGGUGUGGUCGCUUCCGUUAGCUUUCUUUAAUUGAGCACAAGAGGGCGCGUUACAUCCUCUACGUACAAGUCUAUGCGUUGCUGCUGAAAAUGACAAAUUUCCCGAUACAUUCCGACGAUAUUUUAGUGUCUUUCGAAUUUUCGAUAAAUGACAAUAUAUCGUUGAUUCCAAGAUAAAUUACAGCAACAACGGAAGGAAGAUCAACUUUUGUUAUGGGGGAAAGACUGACUGGGAAUUGUUCUAUUUGUUUCUGAGAAUCUCCAAAACAGUGGAGGGCCGGGGAUCACCUAACAGAUACAGAGUCUCAGACUCAGAGAGAGAGAGAGCUGUGUCUGUAGCCCUACGGCUAGGCGGGAUUGAUCGGGGCGGCCGCGCUGGGCCUGGGGCCGGGCUCGAGUUGGCCACUGCACUUUACCUGUUGAAUGUAUUAGCCGUUUGGUUACAUGUACUUCAAGAUGGCAGAUUAUGGUAGUGGCAAACAACAUGGGCAGGAUAAAGGGUUUGAAUGCCCUGCAUGCAAGAUGAAAUUCAGUUUCCGAACAAACCUGAAUCGCCAUAAACGAACAAUCCAUAAAAAGGAGACAAAGAGAGAGAGGACCUCCUGCACCAUUCCUGGAUGCACUGCAAAGUUCUAUCAUCAAACCAAAUUAUUGUCUCAUCUUGAAGUGGUUCAUGGUAAACAUAUAGACAAGACAGAGUUAACCUUUUCAUCAAUGGACAAGUUUUUCAUGUGGAAGAUGCAGGAGGAAGCACAAAAUUUUGUUUGUUUCACAAAACAGCGAGGAUGUGUGACUCAUAGUUCUGUUACUCACCAACACUAUAUCUGCCAAAGAGAUGGAAGUUCAAGGAGCCACACAUCCAAGAAUCAACCAGGCAGAAAAACGAGAAGGAAACUUCAGAAAGGUGUUAUCAAAACAGAUUUGGUGUGUCCAGCUAGAAUGUUGCUUCGGCAGUGCAAAAAGACAGGAAGAGUGGAUGUUUCAUAUUACAAGUCACACUCUCAUGCUAUCUCACCCAGUGACCUUGUGCACCAUCCUCUCCCAGAAUCAGUGCGGAAGGACAUCAGAAGCAAGCUUGAGUCUGGCUCUACUGUCAACCAAAUCUACCAGGAAUUUCAAAACCCAAGCCCUGGCCUUCAAUCUUCAUCCACCAUUUAUGACCACAGACUAAAGCUUAUAAACAAAUCUCAAAUUCGUGCCAUUCAGCGUCAGCUUCAAAAGAGUAAACCAGUCCAACCUCCAUCUGAUACUGCAUACAAUGUUGUGGUAGAGGUCCUCCAAAUGGCUGAUACUUGUAAUACCAAAGUCAGAAGAGAAAAUCAUGAUGAACAAACAUCUUUGCAACAAACUACCCCAUUGGAUAUAAAUACUGAAAGAGGUAACAUUGCACAGGAAGUACUAUUAUCACAACCUAUGGCUAAUCCUCUUGGUGAAACUACCAUUCCUCCUGAUUAUGUAUCUAGGCUUCAAGGAUUGCUAAGUGAUAUACUGGUACUGAUGGAGAAUGAGAACAUUAGAAAAUCUAUGUUGCCUUAUGUGAUGGGUAAUCUGGAAGGCAUGCUGUCUCUCUGUCAUCAAGAAGCAAACUCUCUCAAUGUGAGGCAUGUUGAAGAAGUGAUAUCAGUUCAAAAACCAAGUUAGCAUUUUGGAAACAUUGAAUCAUUAUUACCCUACAAGACAUAUCAUUGGCAUAGUAAAAACACCAAAACCCAUUGAUGGCUAUCAUGUAAUGAUAAUAUUAGGAACUAUCAUCCCAUACUGCAGGUAUUUCUGAAUAUCUACUAUGAUAAUAAGCACUCUGCUGAACAUUAGUAUUGAAUGUUUGGUCCUUUGUGCAAUAUUUGUUUUAACUUUACCUGGCCAAAAAAAAAGAUAUUUAAAUGACCUUGGCAUUUGAGACAGUAUUUCAGCUUCUUCAGAACUUUUCCAUGAUGUCUGUAUUUCUGUAAAGAAUUGGAUUCAAAUUUGAAAGAGAUUGCAAUGUAUGAACUUAAUGCCUUCUCUGUUUCAUUUGUGCAUACUGCCAUCUUGUGUUCAUUUUUUAAAGUGUCAUAUAACUUAUGUGGUUUAAUGAUAGGUAGCUGGUAUCUAAACAGAAACGGGUUAAAAAAUAAAGACGAGUAGAAGACAUCCCCCACACACAUUAUUUAUUCACUUUUAGAUUCUAAUUCAAUCCUUUCUGUUUGAACAGGUAGGAAACUAUUACACUUUUAGUUUCUGGCAAUAGUUCAAUAAAAAACAACACCCUUAAAUAAUGAAAGCAUCUUAUAAUAUUAAAGAUUUAUAUAACAUUUUACAAAACAUACAGUGUACACUUAAACUUUUGGUUGAAACCAUUGAUCAAUUCCUCCUUCUUCAUCAUGGAUCACAGUUUAUUCUGUACUCAGAAGAUAAUAAAAUUUAAUUUUCCCCUGA